AAAAAGACCCACUAUAUUAAAAUCCCACUAUAUUAAAAUUUUCUUUUUUGCAUUUUGGACCUCUUCCUUCUCUUUCUCUCUCCAAGAUUUUCUUUGUUCUACAGCCAAGAAAAGGAGACCACUUCAGAAUCAGAUCAUCCUAUUUCUAUUUUUACAUGCUAUCCGGCCUUUGCUUAAAUUAUCCUCCAAAUCCGGACUUCCUUGAUCUUUGUAACCCCUUUUCUUUUUCUUCAUCCAUUUCCAUUUCAUUUGCUGCCUAAAUUAGACAAUAUCUUAUCACUUUCUUCAAUCAAAAACCCCAUUUCACUAACCACUUUCUCUUUCUAAUUGCAUUGAUCUAUUUCUGGGUUUUGCCUUCCUCUUGAUUCCUUUAUCUGGGUUUUGCCUUCCUCUUCAUUCCUUUAUCUGGGUUCUUCCUUUUUUUUUUUUUUUAAUUUUGUAACAUUCAUCUUCUUUGUUUUGAAUUUUCACUUGAGAGCCCACUUGAAAAAGGAGAAAGGAAAAAUAUACAUUUUUCCCCUUUUCCGGUGGAGUAUAUAUAUAUAUAUAUUUAUAUAUAUAUAUUUUUUAAACACAAUUUCAAGUUUUAUUUUUGGAGGAAGACCCAAUCAUGGCCAUCGGAAUGUGAGAUUUUGGUGAUAUGUUGUGUCUACAACUCUUCAUUCAUGGACUUUUGAGGUACCCUUUGAAAACAAAAUCUUUGAAGCUUAUUCUUUGGUUUUCUUCAUUCAAACUUAAGUUUCUUAGAGUUUAAUAUAAGACUAUUUCCAUGGUAUUUAGCUGGUGGUUUUUUCUUGCUUGACAAGGGAAUCUGACCCCUCAAGCUUCUAUCUUUCUUUCUCUCUCUUUCUAUUCGUCUUUUCCUUUAUCUCUCUUGAUCUAUCACAACAACCCAGAAGCCAAAAUGUAUGGGACUCAAAGCAAAAGAGACCUAGCUUUAGAAUUUCAAUCCCAGAUACCAAUUCUGAGGCCCAGCAUCCAUGCUAGGAGGGCUAAUCUCACUGUGAAGUUCCAAGACCUUUAUAUGUUUACAGUAGAAGGGAAUGUGGAUGAUGUUAAUGUGUUGAAUGAGGUGAGAGAGAAGGUGAGGAAACAGGGUCGGGUUUGGUGGGCAUUGGAAGCCAAUAAAGGUGCAAAUUGGUAUUUGGAGCCUUCCAUAUCUGAAGGGAUUGCCUUAAAAUCUUCUCUGAAGUUUUCGACUCUUGCCAACGCUAUUACCUUGAAGAGGCUUAUUAGGAAGGGAAUCCCACCACUGCUUAGGCCUAAGGUGUGGUUUUCUUUAUCUGGAGCUGCCAAGAAGAAGUCCACCGUGCCUGAGAGCUAUUACAAUGAUCUCUUAAAGGCUGUUGAAGGAAAGGUCACACCCGCAACUCGGCAGAUUGAUCAUGACCUUCCACGGACCUUUCCAGGUCACCCUUGGUUGGAUACUCCAGAGGGCCAUGCUGCCCUUCGACGUGUUCUUGUUGGAUAUUCUUUCCGUGACUCUGAUGUAGGCUAUUGUCAGGGUUUAAAUUAUGUUGCAGCAUUACUGUUGCUCGUAAUGAAAACAGAAGAAGAUGCAUUUUGGAUGCUUGCUGUCCUAUUGGAGAAUGUCUUGGUUAAUGACUGUUAUACUACUAAUUUAUCAGGAUGCCAUGUUGAACAAAGGGUCUUCAAAGAUUUACUUGCAAAAAAGUGCCCUAGCAGGAUAGCCACUCAUCUUGAAGCACUGGACUUUGAUGUUUCCCUUGUUGCCACUGAAUGGUUUCUAUGUCUAUUUUCUAAAAGUUUGCCUUCAGAGACAACUCUACGAGUGUGGGAUGUCCUUUUCUAUGAGGGGGCAAAGGUGCUGUUUCAUGUUGCAUUGGCUAUAUUUAAGAUGAAGGAAGAUGAGUUGCUUGUAACUCAUCAUGUAGGCGAUGUAAUCAACAUUUUACAGAAAACUACUCAUCACCUCUUUGACCCUGAUGAGCUGUUGACGGUGGCCUUUGAUAAGAUAGGUUCAAUGACAACCAACACUAUAUCUAAGCAAAGGAAAAUACAAGAACCAGCUGUGAUGGCAGAGCUCGACCAAAGAUUGAGACGGCUUAAUUCGUUAAAAUUGGAGGACAAAUAGCAUGUGCUGUAGCAAUGCAAUCGAAUUGGAGAACGCCACCAUGCAUGCAUCUUCUAGGUGGUUUUGUUGCCCUAGAAAGAUUUACGGAGAAGGAGCUUGAACCUGUGCCUUUCCUGUUUGUUCCUGCGUGGGGAACAUGUAGAACCAAGUAGAAAGUGAGUGCCUGUUGUUUUCAGGAUUUUGUAGGUGAUAAAUGUAUAUGUCUUGAUAUUACCGUAUGACCUGGUUAAAGAUACAAUGAAAAUCAGGGCAUUGUUGUUGCAUUAAUGCCACUAAUAUGCCCUUUAAUUUUUUUUUUCUUUCCCUUUUUUAAAUGUUAUAUAGUGUAAAAUUAUAAUGGGACUAAAAGUUAUAUUCCUAUGAAUACGUUUUUUCAUUGUAAGAUUGUUGGAGAACACCUGUCCUAUCAUUUAUGUUUUACCAAAUUCUUCUGUCA